CCUCUCUCAAAAAUAAAAUUGUGCCUGCAAAACGAGAGAGGAGGGAGCAGGAAGUAUAACCAGCCUAGGGCUUUUCUCUGGAUCCUGCUGCCACCUCUUCUUAACUCCCAUUCUGGAGCCCACCCAUCUGCCUUACACCCACCAGCUCAUGGCAUCAUCUUUCUCUAUAUCCCUUUCCCAGUGGCUUCCUCCCUAUCCCAGUCCCCUGAUGCAAAUCCUGAUGUCAUCUGCCCCAGCCACCCAUCUCUACCUCAACCCUCACUUCUCUGGUGAGAACUCUUGUGGAUCCAGGGAGUGUCAAAUCCCAGCCUGAACCAAACCUCAACUGAGAUUAUAUUAUCCUAUAAUAUACCUUCUCCCCUCCCCUCCCCUCCCACCAUUGGAAUCACACCCUCAGGAGAGUAGCUCCACUCUUCUCAUCCAGAAGGGGCCCAGGGCCCUAAGAAGGGCCAUAGAUUGCCAUAGGUUGGCUUUUGGCCUCCCCCAGCUCUCCUUCGAAAUCCCCCAGCUCUCCUUCGACAUCCCUGUGUGGCUCAUCCCCCUCUUACCCUGCCUCUUGUCCUCCCCACAGUCCUGUGGCCCAAGCUUUUCACCUGUGGCUGUUGGUGAAAGAGACAGUUGUGAUCUGACAAGGGCUAGACAGGUGCUUCACCCUCUGUCACCAAAUACCCUCAUUGUCCAGCCCGAAACACCUCCAUUAAUUCCUUUCUAUUCCAGCACAUAAUCGUUAAUUCAUUCCAUCAUUCACCUAACACCCUUGAAGCAGAGCCAAUUACCUCUACCAACAUCUUCCUAGAGACAAAUAGAUUAACUGGGGUUGGGUAAACUUUGAGAGCUCCAAAAGGAAAGCUCCAGAGGACGGGGGGUCCGCAGGGGUCCAGGCCUCUCAGGGACCACAGAGCAGACCUGCAGCAGAGGCAGAAUUAGAGCCCAUGGCUCCGCAGUCAACCAGGGCCAGGCAGAGGGCACCAGCUCUUGGCUGCUGAGAGUAGAGCUCUUCAAAAGUCAUCCACUCAGUCAACAUCUACUGAGUGCCAGGCAGUGUCGUCACCUCUACAGCCAUCAGGGGAGAGAACAGCAGCCUAGAGAAAGGGAGUCUGAGCCCCCCAUCCCACGGGCUCGAAGCCCAGAGUGGAGGCCCGCACUAGUGCCUCUGGUGAGUAUUACCAUGGGAAGACCGCUGUUCCCAGCCCGGGUGCCCUGCUGGACUCUUGCUAGCCUGGCCCCAGCGAGGCAGGGCAUCAGUUUCCCUCUCCAGAGGCCUUUCUUGCCCACCUACUGCCCUUCUCAACCCUGUCCCUUCUUGCAGGAGCAACCUUCCCAGCAGAAAAUUCCAUUCUGCCCCAAGGACUCUCCUCCUUACUGCCCCUCACCCCAGGGGACGCAGGCUGCCCCUCUGAUGCCUGCAGACUCCCUUCUCCCUCUUUCCUAACCGACGGUGGGCAUUUUCCAAUUUGGAGGUGAGGGAGAAAAACUAGGUUAUUUUCAGCUCUUCCUUUAUUGGCAACAUUGACCCAUUUAUCCUUCUCUUCCUUCAGACCCCUCCCCCAAAGCCACUUAGCUUGGACAUCUGUCCCAGCCAAAAUCUCACCUUCCACUGUCCUUGCAGCCCAAAGGCUAGUCCAGCCUCUGAGUCCAGCUCUAGCCCUCUCUCCCCACACUAGGAAGGAAGCUGGACUGUAGAGCGCUCUGGGCCACCCCGCGUUAGCCGCUGCCUCUGGCCUCAGUUUCCCCUUCUGUGCCUCAGUUUCCCCAACUGCUCAGAUUAAUGAUGCCUGCUCCCUAGACCCAGAGGACGAAGCUCUAAGGAGGUCACAGAUCAGGAAGGGUCCAGUGCUCGGCGCAGGCUCCGUGCGGAGCCCCUAGGCCCCGCAGCUCGCCCCUCCCUCUCCCCCUACUCCCCUCCUCUCCCCCUCCCGCCUCUCCCCGCCUCUCCGCUCUCGCUCAGCUCCCUCUCUGGCUGACCUUCCCUUUCCCUCACGCCUCCCCACGCCGGGCCCCGGGCCCCAGCACCCUGUCCGCCGCCGCCUUAGAGCCGGGAGAAGCAGCCGGAGCCCCCGCCGCCCCCUCCGCAGCGCGGGCGGUCAGUGCGCAGCCCGGCGCCCGCAGCCCGCAGCCCGGAGCCCGCAGCCCGGAGCCAGAUCGCGGGCUCGGACCGAACCCGACCCGACCGCCGCCCCCAGCCAGGCGCCAUGCUGCCGCUUCUGCUGGGCCUGCUGGGCCCAGCGGCCUGCUGGGCCCUGGGCCCGGCCCUCGGCCCCGGCUCCUCUGAGCUGCGCUCGGCCUUCUCGGCGGCACGCACCACCCCCCUGGAGGGCACGUCGGAGAUGGCGGUGACCUUCGACAAGGUGUACGUGAACAUCGGGGGCGACUUCGAUGCGGCCACGGGUCAGUUCCGCUGCCGCGUGCCCGGCGCCUACUUCUUCUCCUUCACGGCUGGCAAGGCCCCGCACAAGAGCCUGUCGGUGAUGCUGGUGCGAAACCGCGACGAGGUGCAGGCGCUGGCCUUCGACGAGCAGCGGCGGCCAGGAGCGCGGCGCGCAGCCAGCCAGAGCGCCAUGCUGCAGCUCGACUACGGCGACACGGUGUGGCUGCGGCUGCACGGCGCCCCGCAGUACGCGCUAGGCGCUCCCGGCGCCACCUUCAGCGGCUACCUGGUCUACGCCGACGCCGACGCCGACGCGCCUGCGCCCCCCGAGCCCCGCUCGGCCUUCUCCGCGGCGCGCACGCGCAGCCUGGUGGGUUCGGACGCCGGCCCCGGGCCGCGGCACCGACCGCUCGCCUUCGACACCGAGUUCGUCAACAUUGGCGGCGACUUCGACGCGGCGGCCGGCGUGUUCCGCUGCCGUCUGCCCGGCGCCUACUUCUUCUCCUUCACGCUGGGCAAGCUGCCGCGGAAGACUCUGUCGGUGAAGCUGAUGAAGAACCGCGACGAGGUGCAGGCCAUGAUUUACGACGACGGCGCGUCGCGGCGCCGCGAGAUGCAGAGCCAGAGCGUGAUGCUGGCCCUGCGGCGCGGCGACGCCGUCUGGCUGCUCAGCCACGACCACGACGGCUACGGCGCCUACAGCAACCACGGCAAGUACAUCACCUUCUCCGGCUUCCUGGUGUACCCCGACCUGGCCCCCGCCGCCCCGCCGGGCCUCGAGGCCUCGGAGCUACUGUGAGCCCCGGGCCAGAGAAGAGCCCGGGAGGGCCGGGAGCGUGCAUGCCAGGCCGGGCCCGAGCCCCGAACGUCCCGCGCGAGCGCCACGGCCUCCGGGCGCGCCUGGACUCUGCCAAUAAAGCGAAAAGCGGGCCCGCGCAGCGCCCGGCAGCCCAGG